CUCCUACCUCCUAGCUGUACAUGCGCUGUCCGCUGACUCGAUGUGAGAGCACAACCACACAGAUCCAGGCAGGUAGACCUAUCCCGGGCACACUCAACCCGUGGUCACAGCACACUGCAAUUUCUUCCAUGCCACAACUGGUCGACGAGAUGACUUCUUCAACAGAUCACCUUACCACUCUUCCUUCGGAGCUGCUCCAGACCAUCGCCUCCUACCUCUUCGCGACCCAUGAACCGGACAAGGCCCUGCAAAGCAUUGUUGGGCAACGCACAGCCUCCGCACAGCCUCACGAUCUCGAGAGCCUAGCAGCGACAUGUCGGAUCCUCAGGAAUGAGGUCAACAAUUGGGCAUUGCAUUUCUUGCUGGAGCACAGACGUAUCACAGGAUAUGCAGCGCCCGAGAGCGCAGAGAAAGCGAAGCCCAAACGGCCAAAGAAGUCACAGCCGAGCAGCGCGACUCUCGGCACGAAUUUCUUACGCAUCUCCAAGAGCGCAGGACUGCUUUCCUGGUCAGAGAAGAAGUGUGUCUUUUGUGGGAAGACUAGUGCGCGUUCAGCCAUCAUGAUGAAUGGGUUGAAAUGCUGCAAGGAGUGCGACAAGGUGGAGUGGAAAGACAAGAUCACCAAGACAGAUGCAACCAAGGAGUAUGAUCUGAAGGACCACCAGCUGCUUCCACAGCGUCAGAAGGCGGGACCUAUUCUCCGCAAUGUCUUCAAAGAGCUGGGAAUUCCGCGACUGAGAUACGGGACAUAUGUGUGUCAAGGAGGGACGACGACUAUGUUUAUGCGGGAGGAUGUUAGGAAAUUUGCAGAGCAGGUGCACGGGGGUCUGAGGGAACAUCUGGCGCAGCGGGAGUUGCAGAGAGCCAAAUUGAAGAAGACGCGAGAGGCGAAUAAGGAGCGAAGGGCAGAGGAGCAAGCUGCUAGGGUAGUUGCAGAAGCGCGAGAGGCACAGCGGAAAGCUGGACUUGCUGCUGCGAAUCGUCAAGGCGCCGCUAUGGAGAUGGUUGAGAUCUCGGAUGAUGAAGACGUGGGAGUGGCAAAUGCUAUGGAUGAUGUGAUUCUGAUUGAGUGAUUGGUUCUACCCAGCGAUUGGUGUUUCUAUGGAGGUCGAAUGAGAGGCAUGGUAGGCACCUGUAUGAUUAAUGAUGACCUUGGGAUGAUGAUACGAUGGGAUGAGAGAUGAGCAAAAGUACCUACC